AUGAGCUUCCUUUUUCGCCGCUCCCCGGCGGCUCUUAAGAAGGCCAAGGUGGUGCUCUUCGGCUGCAACAGCGCGGUAGGCCAGCCGCUCUCACUCUUGCUCAAGCUGAACCCGCACGUAGAGGAGCUUGUGUGCUGCAGUACCGCCGCUGACGAUGACAUGCCCGGCGCCGGUAUCGCCGCGGACCUCUCUCACGUUGACACAUUGCCGAAAGUGCAUUACGCCGCUGACGAGGGGCAGUGGCCGGUGUUGCUGCGUGAUGCACAGCUAAUCCUUCUUUGUUUCGGCAGAAGCUUCGACCCUCUUCACCAAGACAGAGACAGAGUCCUCAAAGUAGCUGCCCCGAUGGCUCGUCGCAUCAUGGAUGCGGUCGCGGCUUCCGAUGCGAAAGGAAACAUUGCUGUCGUCUCGAGUCCUGUGAACGCUCUCACCCCGCUUUGCGCAGAGUUUCUGAAAGCGUCAGGCAAGUUUGAUCCCCGAAAACUCUUCGGCGUCACCACGCUCGAUGUGAUACGGACUCGGAAGCUGGUAGCAGCAGCUCUUCACAUGAACCCAUACGACGUGAGCGUUCCUGUUGUUGGAGGACGCGGUGGGGUGACGACAUGCCCAUUGAUUGCCCAAACGGGGCUUCGUAUUCCCCUUGAGGAUAUCAUUCGCAUAUCCGGGGAGGUACAGAGCUACGGCGUACCUUUUGAGGUUAUAGUGGGUACUGGCUUACACGACUCACUGAGCACGGAAGCUGCACCGCCGGUGGCCCUCAGCCUUGCUUACGCCACCUGUGACUUCUCCACGUCGCUACUCAAGGCGCAGCGCGGUGAUGUUGGAAUCGUCGAGUGCGCUCUCGUGGAGUCUACGAUGAGGCCCGAGACGUCAUUCUUCAGCUCACGGGUGGAGUUGGGCCGUGACGGUGUGCAGCGCAUUUUCCCCAUGGGGGCGCUGACGACCUAUGAGCACGAGCUCAUCGAGACAGCAGUACCGCAGUUGGCGAGGGAUGUGCAGGCAGGAAUCGAGGCUGCUACGAGGUUGUUGUGA